AUGCAUUACCAGGGCGUAUUUGCUAGCGGUAAUCCUUUAGACUACAUCGUUCCUGUCUUCAUGCUUCAAGUCAUCUUGUCUGUCGUGAUCUCCCGGGUGAUCUACAUUGUUCUCAGGCCAUUAAAGCAACCAAAACUUGUAUGCAAUAUCUUGGCUGGAAUUAUCCUAGGACCUUCUGUCCUCGGGCGCAACAAAUCAUACAUGGAAAGAAUGUUUGCACCAAAAGAGAUGAUGGUGCUCGGCACCAUGUCAAACAUGGCCACCACCUUGUACAUAUUCAUUAUAUGUAUCAAAAUGGAUGCAACUAUGCUCUCCAGAACAUCCAAGAAGACUUGGAGAUUCGGCCUGUCUUGCACGAUCAUCCCUUUUUUCUUCACUAUGAUCCUCACUGAAUUGCUACGCCAUUUCCUUCCUGGAUUUAGGGACAGCCAAUUCUUUCCCAUCCAAUUCAGUGUUGUUUCGUCGCUAAGUUAUUUCAUUGUUAUUGUCCAUGCCCUGGAUGAACUUGAUCUUUUAAGUUCUGAGUUGGGACAACUUUCCACAUCCAUCACAUUGCUCAACGAACUUGUUUCAUGCAUGAUUGUAAUGCUCGGAAUUACUUUAGGGCAGAAAGAUACAAUACAUAUGAUGUAUUCCUUCCUUUCUCUGUGUGGAUUGAUAGCAUUCGCUAUCUUUGUUAUACGACCAGUACUACAUUGGAUUAUCAAGAGAACACCAAGGGGGAGUCCGGUGAAUGAGGGUUAUGUCAUAGCAAUUUUACUUUGGACUUUGUUAUUGGGAGUGACCACUGAUGCUUUAGGUGGAUCCUUCAGCCCUGCAGCUAUGAUCAUGGGCUUAAUCAUACCAGACGGACCGCCUCUCGGUGCAACAAUCAUACAAAAAUCUGAACUUCUGAUCUCAGAGUUUUUUCUGCCUUUGUUCUUUGUUCGCAUCGGUUAUUUCACCAAUUUGUCAGCGAUACAGGAUUGGACGGAGCUUGUCAUCUUUGGAGCACUCAUCCUUGUGGGGUAUUUAGGAAAGCUAGUAGGAAGUUGCUUGGUUUCAUCAACUAUCAACAUGAGAAAAAGUACUGCCAUCUUGCUUAGCCUUAUUUUGAGUUUACAGGGUGUGAAUGAACUACUUAAUGGCGUUCGAUGGAAACACCAAAAGCUAUUAGAUGAGCAGAAUUUUGCAACUUUCGUGUUGAGCAUCGUCAUCCUGAAUGGCAUUAUAACACCCAUAAUAGAAAUCUUCUACAAGCCUGAGGUGAAAACUUUUGAUCCUAGCUCUGUCAAACUACACAGUAGGUCGCUUGGAAUGACUUCAAGCGUCGGAGAGUUACGGAUCAUUUCCUGCGUUGAAGAUGAAGACAACGUCCCAAGCUUCACUAGCCUCCUUGAAGCGUUGAACCCCACGGAAGUGAACCCAAUCUGUGCCUACGUGAUCCAUCUUGUUCCACUUUCUACCCAAACUGUUCCACUUCUAGUCCCUUACAAGAGUCAUAAAAGAAGGUUUAGCACGCCCAAUGGCUCUGAUAGCAUCAUGCGAGCUUUUCUAAACUACUCACAAAACUCACAGGGUCCAGUUCAUAUUCAACCCUUCAGAAUGAUUUCUCCAUUUAAGUACAUGCAUGAACCCAUUUGCAGGCUUGCUGAAGCGAUACGUACGCCUCUAGUUCUAGUGCCCUUUUUCAAGAGCCAAGAAGUCCAUAGCAUCGAAGGCAGCUUGCGGAUUUUCAACACUAACAUCCAACAAUUUUCAAGGUGCACGGUUGGGAUCCUAGUUGACAGAGGGUUGCGCACCCAUAUUAGUGUAAAUAGCUUCUCUUAUAAUGUGGCGGUGAUCUUUCUUGGCGGAGCUGACGAUCGCGAGGUGUUAGCCUUUGCAGCACGCAUGUCUAGUCAUCCUAACAUUGCAAUCACCGUAUUGAGGAUUCACUUGAGAGGAAAUUGUGCAAGGGGAUUUGAGGAUGAGAGGGAGCUGGAUGACUCUUUGUUCAGAGACUUCAAGGCUAUGAACGUUGGCAAUGCUUGUGUUGUUUGUCAUGAGAUGGUGGCGGAUAACAGUGAGGAAGUAAUGAUUGCACUUGGAUCUUUAGCAAAUUGCUAUAACCUUGUGAUUGUGGGAAAGCGGCAAGGAUGCAACUCACAGUUUGAAGAAGGAUUGAUCGCUUGGACACAGUAUCCAGAGCUCGGGGUCAUUGGUGAUGCCAUGGCUGCGCCGGAUUUUUGUGGGGGAAUGAUGUCCGUGCUGGUUUUGCAGCAUUUUGGUGAAAGAAACCAGAAUUCCACCAGAUUUACUUCCUUUGAUUGCUAAUCUACUUCAUUUGUAUCAUUAGUCUUACCUUUUCAGAAAAGAGUUGCUUCUUCUUUUCUUGAGAAGAUGUCACAAACUCAGAACAUUAGAUUGGAAGAUUUAGAAUCACAUUGAAUUUUAGAUAUUGCACACAACAGUUUUACUUUGGUGUUCUUUUUUUUUCUUUAUUUGUUCGACCA